UCAGCCAGAGGAUGAAAAUUCUUCAGGAUUUGGUUCCUGGAUGUAAUAAGGUUAUUGGGAAAGCACUUGUUGUUGAUGAGAUUAUUAAUUACAUCCAGUCACUGCAGCGCCAAGUCGAGUUCCUUUCGUUGAACCUUGAAGCAGUCAAUUCAAGGGUGAACAUGAAUCCCGCCAUUGAAGUGUUUCCUUCAAAAGAUCAAUUUGAUGCAGCUGCGUUGUUAUUUGGACCACACACACCAAGGGAGUAUGUGCAGGGCUCGCAAGCCGAAUGGCUGCAUAUGCAGGUUGGUGGUAGCUUUGAAAGAACAACAUAAACUCGGAAUAUAAACUCUUCAAGUCCCAAUUGGUUCGGAAUGUGCUUAAUUAGUUUUGCAUCUGG